GCCCUUUUUCACAAAUUCACAGGGCAAAGUCAAAUACACCUUCUCUCUUCUUCUUCUUCUUCUUCCGUUGUCUCUGCGAAGAAGCUAUUCUGUAAGAAGAUUAUGGACGGAGGUGGCGCGUACAACCCACGCACGGUGGAGGAAGUUUACAGAGAUUUCAAGGGCCGUAGGAGUGGCAUGAUUAAAGCUUUAACCUCAGAUGUUCAGGAGUUUUACCGACUUUGUGAUCCAGAAAAGGAGAACUUGUGUCUCUAUGGGCGCCCAGAUGAGCACUGGGAAGUGAACUUACCAGCUGAAGAGGUUCCCCCGGAGCUCCCAGAGCCUGUCUUGGGCAUCAACUUUGCCCGAGACGGGAUGCAGGAAAAGGACUGGUUGUCCCUUGUUGCUGUCCACAGUGAUGCAUGGCUUCUCGCUGUUGCUUUCUUUUUCGGAGCCAGGUUUGGAUUUGACAAAGCUGAUAGGAAAAGGCUUUUCAAUAUGAUGAAUGAUCUUCCAUCGAUAUUUGAGGUUGUGGCUGGCACUGCUAAGAAACAAUCAAAGGAGAAAUCUUCUGUUUCCAACAAUAGUAGCAACAGAUCCAAAUCAAACUCCAAGCGAGGAUCAGAACCGAGGCCCAAGCUGACAAAGCCUGAGCCCAAAGAUGAGGAGGAGGAGGAAGAGGAAGGUGUGGAAGAAGAGGAGGAUGAGGAUGAUGAGCAAGGGGAAACACAGUGUGGGGCAUGUGGUGAGAGCUAUGCAGCUGAUGAGUUCUGGAUCUGCUGUGAUCUCUGUGAGAACUGGUUCCAUGGGAAGUGUGUGAAGAUAACACCAGCCAGAGCCGAGCACAUUAAGCAGUAUAAGUGCCCAUCUUGCAGCAACAAGAGGGCUCGGUCCUAAAAUUCAAUUCUGUGUAUUUGCCUUUGCAUAUGAUGUAACAGCCUAACUCUUUGGUUUAGAUCAGAUUUGUUGGUUAAGUUAAGACUUCUUUUCGCCUUCUUAGGGAAGACAUUUAGUUAUCAUUUGUUACAAAUGGUUAUUGAGUGAAGCAUCUAUGUGUUUAGGGUUUGAUCCUUGUUCUGUCUUAUGUUUGUUCAUUAGAGAAUAAAACAUUUUAAUUCUCAAUCAAAGUGUUUGUUCUAUUUCCAA